ACUAUGCCAGUACGUACAUUUUUUUUUUGGUCAUAAAAAAAAUCGAAGAGAAGAAUCGAACGGACGCAUCGGCUCGGCAUUUGAAAACGCGGGAAAAUCCAUCGAGCUGCAAAUCGUCGUAAACCUUUUGCAGAUAACGUGAUGGAUCUUUAUCACCGUUCACCAUCUCUGCUUUAGCUGCAGAUUCAUGAGCUCCUUAAGAUGUUUUGCCAAACACCCAACAAUUUCUGUGGUAGGAUCAUGCUCCAGCCUCAGAGAGAUCCAGCAAAUCCACACCCAGUUGCUCGUUAAUGGCGUCCUCAACGACCAUCACCUCCUCUCCCAAUUUGUAGCCGCUAUAGCGCUUAAUCACCCAAGUAAUCUUGACUAUUCCAGUCAAGUCCUGGAUCAAUGUGAGAAUCCUACUGUCUUCGCCUUGAACUCCAUGAUCAGAGCACACUCCAAAAGCGCAAACCCUCAAAGAAGUUUCUACUUCUACAACAGAAUUCUUCAUUCCACCCACAAUCUUUACCCUGACAAUUACACAUUCAAUUUCUUGGUCCGGACGUGCGCACAGCUUUUGGCACGUGAGACUGGUCUGUCCGUUCAUGCCGCCCUUUUGAAACACGGCUUUGAGCAUGACCCGCAUGUUCACAGUGGUUUGAUUAAUAUGUAUGCCGAAUUGGGUCGCUUGGACUCCUCAGUGCGAGUGUUUAUGGAAAUUUCUGAGCCGGAUUUUGUGACCCAGACAGCAACUGUAAGUGCUUUAGCGAAAUCUGGCGAUGUUGAUUUUGCACGGGAGCUGUUUGAUAAAAUGCCUUAUAAGGACCCUAUUGCAUGGAAUGCAAUGAUUGCAGGGUAUGCACAAUGUGGGCACUCGAGGGAAGCUUUACGGUUAUUCCACUUAAUGCAGAUGGAGGGUGUAAAGGUUAAUGAGCCGUCAAUGGUUUCGGUUUUAUCUGCAUGCACCCAGCUGGGUGCGUUGGAUCAGGGGAGAUGGGCCCAUGCAUAUAUAGAGAGGAAAAAUCUCCACAUGACUUUGACUCUAGGGAGUGCACUCGUUGACAUGUAUGCAAAAUGCGGGAACAUGGAUAAAGCCAUGGAAGUCUUUUGGGGAUUGAAAGUGAAGAAUGUAUAUACAUGGACUAUUGCCAUGGGUGGGCUAGCGAUGAAUGGUGCUGGUGAGAAAUGUCUUGAGCUUUUUUCCCUUAUGAAACAAGAUGGUGUUCAGCCCAAUGAAGUCACAUUUGUUUCAGUUUUGAGGGGUUGUAGUGUGGUUGGGCUGGUUGAGGAAGGUCGCAAGCAUUUUUACUCGAUGAGUAAAGUGUAUGGGAUUGAGCCCCAGCUAGAGCAUUAUGGGUGCAUGGUUGAUCUGUUUGGCCGAGUUGGACGCUUGGAUGAAGCCUUAAACUUUAUAAGUAACAUGCCCCUGAAGCCUCAUGCUGGUGCUUGGGGUGCUUUGCUUAAUGCUUGUAGAAUCUAUAGAAAUAUGGAAUUGGGUGAGCUUGCCUCGAGAAAGUUAGUAGAGCUAGAGGCAAAAAAUCAUGGUGCUUUUGUGCUUUUGUCAAAUAUAUAUGCAGAGUCCAAGAAUUGGGAUAGGGUCAGCAAUGUGAGACAGAUAAUGAAGGCUAAAGGAGUGAGGAAGCUCCCUGGUUGUAGUGUUAUAGAAGUAGAUGGUGAAGUUCAUGAGUUUUUUGUUGGGGAUGAAUCCCACCCAAGGUAUGGUGAAAUUGAGGAAAUGUUGGGAGAGAUAUCAAAGAGGCUGCAAUUAUCAGGGUAUGUGGCAAACACGAAUCCUGUGCUGUUUGAUAUAGAAGAAGAGGAGAAAGAGGGUGCAUUGUAUAAACAUAGUGAGAAGGUUGCCAUUGCUUUUGGUUUGGUUAGUUUGAAGGAAUGUGUGCCCAUUCGGGUUGUGAUGAACCUAAGAGUUUGUUGGGAUUGCCAUGAUGUUACGAAAAGAAUAUCCAAAAUUUUUAACAGGGAGAUUAUUUUGAGGGAUAGGAAUAGGUUCCACCAUUUUAAAGAUGGGGAAUGCUCCUGUAAGGGGUAUUGGUGAAAUUAAUUGAUGUACUCAAUUAGCAUUUGUUUGCAGUGAGAAUAAGAUGUGUAUCACUUCGCUGGUGGUUCAAGUUGCCAUGUUGUUUUUUUAUUAUCUAAGAUAUCUAAGAUCUUAGAGAGAUUCUUGUGAGGAAUUAGCAAAGGUUUUAUAAGCAUGUGAGGUUCUGGCAAGGACUACUUGUGAAACAAAUUAAUGAGCUAGCAUUUUAUUUA